UCUCACUGUUCAGUUUUCUCUCCCAGCAGCAGUCGCAUAGCAUCCUGCCGACCAGCUCCAGCGCUACCGUUAGCUAGCUAAUAAGGGAGUAGCGAGAGGAAAUACACUUUAAUACCUCAGCAUCAUGUCAUUUUGCUGAGUAUUUCGUUUAGGAAAAAUGAAUUUGCGAUUUUUCCGUGUUAAAGCGCCUCCUGGAAGACAUUAUUCCCCCUUUAAAGUCCGCUUUUUCACCUCGACCUCGGUAGCUUUUUAGCAAGUCAGUGACAAGACGAGCAGCUGUCAUCUGGACAAAGCCAGUCAGAUGUUGGACGGUACAAAAAAAUACCCUCCUCAAGCUUUUCUACACCGGGUUGUGAAAUUGAAAUAUCGAGCUGAUCAUCUGUCGUGAAAGUGCCAGGGAUCAGGGUGAGGGAGUGAGGUCUAUUUUGGGAAGGGCGAGAGUUUGUAUCUCGGGAGGAAGGAGUAAGGGGUGUGCGGAGGAGGAAGACCCGCAGAGAGGAAGGGACGUCAGGGGAGAACACAGCCUGAAAACAGCCUGAAAACAGUCUGAUGCCAGUGAUGGCCAACGAGCCGAUCAUCCUCAACGUCUAUGAUAUGUACUGGAUCAAUGAGUUUACCACCACUCUGGGCAUCGGAGUCUUUCACUCAGGGAUUGAGAUCUAUGGAAGAGAGUUUGCCUAUGGCGGACACCCGUACCCGUUCUCAGGGAUCUUUGAGAUUACACCAGGUGACGCAACAGAACUCGGCGAGACGUUUAAAUUCAAAGAAGCCAUAGUGUUGGGCAGCACCGACUUCACAGAGGAGGAUGUGGAGCGCAUCGUGGAGGAGAUGGGGAAGGAGUACAAAGGAAACGCCUACCACCUCAUGCACAAGAACUGCAAUCACUUCUCCUCUGCACUGUCGGAGAUCCUAUGUGGCAGGGAGGUCCCUCGCUGGGUGAACCGGCUGGCCUACUUCAGCUCCUGCGUGCCCUUCCUGCAGAGCUGCCUGCCCAAAGAGUGGCUGACCCCGGCCGCGCUGCAGUCCAGCGUCAGCCAGGAGCUGCACGGAGGGGGGGGUGGCGAGCUGGAGGAGGCCGAGGACGCCGCCGCCUCCGCCUCCCUGGCCUCCAUGUCUCCCUGCUCCCCUUCCUCCUCCUCCAGCCCCUCCUCGCUGCCUCGCCACUCCCGCCACCAGCCGUCUCCCUGCUCACCUUCCUCCUCCUCCAGACCCUCCUCGCUGCCUCGCCACUCCCGCCACCAGCCGCGCCGAUAAAAAGCUGCAAGGUCUGCUGGGAGACUGGACUUUAACAGAGACUUCCAGGUGACAGAAUACCUGAUGAGCCCUCGAGCAAGGCAGUGAGAAAAUCAGCUGAAUCUCGACGAUGAUACAGAGCGGCAGCAGGAGGAACUGGUGCUGCGGAUAAAAGAAGGAUCAUCCCUCCGAAGGACGUGGCUGUGUCCCUCUGGUCUCUUUCUUUUUUUUUUACCGGACAACUUGAAGUGCAGAAGGCAGGUUGUUUAGCCAUUAAAGUGUUUGAAUAUUUACCAGCCACACUCAGAUUCUACCAGCCGCUAGUUGGUGGAUGGUGCUAAUCCCUGUCUUGUUUAAAUGGAAACCAGUGACAGAGGAUGCUGAAAAAGGAGUGUAGGUCAGGACUGCAUUUUAACAACCUGAUUUGUUUUGAGUAAUCUUAGCUGAUAUUUCCAAUUUCACAAUCCAAAAAGAACCUGGGAUGUAAUAUAAUGACAUGUUAAAGAAAUAAUGAUUAUCAUAGAUUUAUCAGUUUAUUUCCUCUUUUUUAACUUAUCAAGUACUGUAUGGACUUACCUAUUCAGGCUAUGAGGUUCCUUUCAAAAACACACUUCUAUGGUGCUAUUUAGGAUCUUUGUAUAUCAAAUCCAUCUCUUUUUUUUAUUAAAGCACUGAGGUUUUGGUCUCAACACUUGGUGCUAGUUCUUUCAUUUUGUCACACCGAAUCGUGAUUGCUAUCUGAAGACAAAGAGACAUUUGUUUUUAAAGUUUUAAAAUACCUCUAGCUGGUAUACUUUGUGGCUGGUAAAUGUUGACACUUCAGACAGCUUUUGUUAAGAUGUCCUUCAAAUGUUAAAAGCAGCAGGUGGAGUUUAUACAAUUUGCCUCAACAUGCUGUGUGUGAAUCAGGACCUCAACCUUUUCUUAUGUUUCUCUCACAGCAGGCUGGAUAGACUUACCUACAAUCAGUCUCACUUUCGUCAAACACAACAUAGACACAAAGAAACUGAUCCACAACCUGUGUCUUAAAUCAUGGGUUCAUUUCCCGGUAUUUUUGGCUUCACACAUCCCUGUUCUUGUUCCUUUUUUUGGUGUCAAAUCUGUAUCAGCAGUUGUCAGGAAUCUGUAGCAGCUCAUAAAAUCCUUCCUGCCUAUCAAGGGAUAACCUGACGUGAUUUGAAAAAUCCAUUAAAGCAGAUAUUUUAAAUACAUUUUUUAAUAGUUAUGUAAAAUUAACCAUCUUUCUUUACCAAUAAAACAUUGUUAAAAAUAAAAUACAUUCUAAGACUUAAGUUGCAGGGCAGGCAGGAACCUAGAGAAAACGCUUGUAAACAGAAAGUUCUGGGGUUGAAGUAAAAAAAAUGUUUUCUGAGUAGCAACUGCCAAGGUGCCUUUGAGCAAGGUACUCAACCCAAAAGGGUUUCAGUGGCCAACAGUAGAAGACUGUGGUUGUACUGGACUGCUCCCAGUGUGCAAGUGUGUUCAUCUGUUCAAGUUGCAAAAUGUUUGGUCUUUACCGGAAUGAUUCAAGGUUCAAGUUUACAUUAGAGACACGAUGUCAUAAUGUACGUAAAUGUGUGAAGACGACAUGACGAUAUGAAGCGGAGGAAUUUAAGGAAGUGUGUGUCUUAAAUGGGAAACGAAACCUUCUGACCCUCCAUCAGCCUGCACUCCUGACAUUUUUCUCACAUCGGUGUUUGGUUAGGGGCGAUGCACAUUACAAAAACAUUAAAGGUUUUAUUUCAAGCACUUUUACUUUCAUUUUAUAUGUGGAAAAAACAAACGGAAAUCAACAUAUUCUAUCAUUUACUCAGACAAUUCAUUGAACGUCUCAAUCACUUGAAAACUAUUUUACAUGUAACAACAAAACAUCCUGCAUUUUGGGUGUCGUCCCAAACAAGAGCAGUGGACGCUGUUUUCACCUUUUUUAGUGAGGAAUGAACUACAAGCUGGAAAACUGUCAUAUAUAUAUUUUUUUGUUUGUUUAAAAAUCCUUUAAUGUAUUUCUAUGACAUAUGGACUCUGGCCUUUUUUGUUUAUGUUUGAUAAACUCAGGACUCCAAAAGGCUUUGUAAUAUAAAACUUACAUUUUUUUUAUCCCACAUUUUGUUUGCAUUGUUGAUUGCUUUUUCUAAUGCAGUAGUCACUCCAUAGAGCUUUUCAAGAUCGCACUGUGGCAGUGCAUUUUUAUACUCUCUUUGAUAAAAGAGCUUUUGUUUACAACCUGGAUGUCUGGAUGUGAGCCUGUGCUGCUCGCUGUGUUCCUGUAUGUGCAUGAAUGUGUGAGUGUGUGGGCACACUUGUAUUAUAAAUGGUUAGUAUCAACAAGCUGCCAACUGGGCCAAUUUCCCUUCAUCAAACACACACGCACACACACACUUGAUUCUUUACAAACGUAGCAGUAUUUCAGAGGUUUUGUUUCAAAGAUAUUGCCACAUCCUCAAAACAUUUGAUAUAUUUUUAAUCAAGUGAAUUUGUUUGUCUGUAAUCUGGAUUGAGUAUAUUGUCAGAUUAUUCAGCAGAUGUUAACUACUGGUUAAAAGAUCAUUUUCUACACUUUAUAGAAAGCAAAAUCAGUGAUAUUUGUUAUAACACCAGCAUAUUUAUGAUUUGGAGGAUUUAACUUGGUGUAUUAUGAACUCCAUUUUAAUUGUUUACGUUUUAGUAAAUUUGAAUUAAACACAGACACUCUGCCCAUGUCGGCGCCUUCUGCUGGCUGUUAACUGUACUGUUACCUGUCUGUGGUUAACACUGAGGUUUCCCUGAACAUUCACAGUUUCAGAUUAUUUCUGUAUGUUGACAAAUAAAAAGACAUGUCUCCAUACACCAACUAUCCACCAGCUGCCAAAUGCUGAGGUUGAAAAUGAUGACUUUAUGUUAAUAUUUCAACAUUUAAAUUUACACAAAUCACCAUAACUGAGGCCAAAGAUAGAUAUCAAUUCACAGCUCUUCUUUGAUAACAGCCAUCGAAUUGUCAUCAUUAAACCUCCAGAGCUACUUUGGUUAUUUAAUUAUAGCAAUCGUGUUAUCAAAUGGUUAUUUGUGUGGCUUUUGCUAUUCAUUAUACAUUUGUGAACCAUGAAUGUAGGUUGGGAAACCUCAGUUAUUCAUACCCCAGAAAAACUUGACUUUUGCUGUUUCACAGUAAACUUUCACAAAGCCUUCAGAUGAGUGGACCCAAUUUGUACCCUGUUGUAAAGUUAUUAAAGAAAACUAUACUAUA